GUUACUUGAGUUGUCUAAAUAAAUGUCGUACAACAGCACAAGACAAGUCACUUACUUGCAAACAGUUUUCAUUUUAAUAAGCUGUAAAGCCUCUCUAUCAAUCUAGUUUGUGUCUUUCAGAGUGUAAAAUUAUUGAACAAUCUAACUUAUAGGCUACAGGCUAUAUUUAUAAAAUGGAACUAACCAGGGUUGAUUAUACACUUCUUGGAUUAACUUCACCACAUUGUAUGAAACUAUUGCCUAAUAAUAUACAGAAAAUGGCUCAAAAGGUAGCAGUUGGUGACCAUGAUGGAGUGGUUCAGUUAUUUUCUUUAAAACGUGGAGAAAUUCAACUUGGCUUCAAGACUUUACCUGGAGAUAAAAUAACAAGAUUACUUUUAGGAGGAGCCUUAGGAACUCCUCAAGAUAAAAUCUUUGUUUCCUCAAAAAAUGAGGUUCGUGGCUACACAAAAAAAGGCAAAUUAUUCCUAGGAUUUGAGACAAAUCUAACAGAGACCAUUCAAUCGAUGGCAGUGAGUGCCAGUGACCUGAUGGUGUGUGGCAGCCAGAUCUACAACCACUAUAGAGACUGUAAGGAUGCAGACUCUUACCUCUCAGCUGAUCAUAUCAACGAUGUCAUUGCACUUUCGGCUGAGAAGCUCCACCGCUUGACCCCGGUGUUGGCUUGUGAGGACAGAAUGCUCAGAGUGCUGGAUCACUCUACUCUAGUACACAGCUUCCCUCUGGCAGGUGUACCAACUGUGCUGCACCUGUACAACAAUGAUGGCAGCAGCACCGGGGACCAACUCUUGUAUGGUACAGACGACGGCUCCAUUGGCUUGGUGCAGAUUACCAAGGAAGAGCAUAGAAUGGGAGGAGUUGCAAUCUAUAUCCAGGAAACUGCUGCUAUCAAGGCAGAAGAAAUAAAAAUCUCCAACCAAAGUUUAGAGUUAGUUUUUGAAGCAGCAUUAGUGAAAAUAAGGAUAAAGAACAAAAACUUCUACUUACUUGGCAUGUAUAGACCACCAGGGGGACAAGCUAGGUUAGCCAUUGACAUCCUAUCAGAAGUUCUGGAGUCACUUCAAGCUGACACCAAGACCGUUGUAUUAAUGGGCGAUAUCAAUAUAGACAGGCUAACUGAAAAUGCCAGUAGUAACUAUCUUGAAGAGGAACUGUCAACUUUUGGAGUUAGAAGACUACCACUCCCAGCGACAAGAAUCACUAACCAUUCAAGAACCUCUAUAGACUGUAUCUGUACAAAUACACAUGAUAAUGCUAUAGAUUUCGCUAUAAUUAACGCUGGAAUAGCAGAUCACACAGGCCAAACAUGUACCCUCAAAAUACAGAGUGAAGUUACUGCUAAAACGGAUAUGUCACAAAAAAUAUUUUUUUCAAGAAAAAACCUGGAUAGCAUGAAAGACGAACUCUCCAAAGAAAAUUGGAUAAAGGUGCACAAUGCCCCUGAUGCUGAAGAGGCAUACUCUGCAUUCCAAAGGACUGUAAGGCUCAUACUGGACCAUGCCUGCCCUAUCAAAAAAAUAAGAGCUAAGCAGAAAGGACAGAAAAUUAAGGUUCAGUAUGAUGAAGAAGUCAAAAUACUAAAAGAAGAUUUUCUAGAUGCCUUACACCAAUACGAGCUUACCGGAAUCAAAGCUUUUGACUGCCUGGGCCAUAAUCUCAUCCUAAGGAAACUCACAGCCCUAGGAAUAGAGGGAAUGGCCAAAGACUGGGUGGCAAGCUAUUUGAAAAGACGUACACAAAUUGUCGAAAUCCGGCAAAACACAAAUGGGAGAAAAUCUGUACAUAGGUCCACACAACUUUCGAUUAACAGGGGAGUGCCCCAGGGCUCAGUCAUGGGCCCAUUUUUGUUCAUCCUUUUCACCAAUGAUUUUCCAGAUUUUAUUAGGAAUGACAAUUGUGAAACAAUAAUGUACGCUGAUGACACAACUCUUCUAUUUAUGCAUGACUUACCACAAGAAUUACACUCCAACAUCUUAUCCUCAACAGACAAAGCACUGCAGUACUGCCUUCAAAAUGACCUGGCCAUUAAUCCAUCAAAAACAACCCAGUUAAAUUUCAGCCGAAAACAUGAACAAAUCCAAGAAAUUCCUGAAAUAACCGUUGAAAAAAACUCAAAACUGCUGGGCCUGACAAUUGAUGAAGACCUCUCCUGGAACGACCACAUACACAACCUGACCAAAAAACUUGCAUCUGGUGUCCAUGUAAUAAAGAGGAUGAAAUGGAUAGGAGGUCUGGAAACAGCUAAGACAGCAUACUAUGCUGUAAUAGAAUCGCAUAUAAGGUAUUGCUUAAUAUCUUGGGGAGGAACAUCAGAAGCAAACCUCAACAAAGUGUUGGUACUCCAGAAAAAAGCUGUCAGGGCACUCUCCGGCCUUGAGCGCUUAGACAGCUGCAGGGAAGCAUUUAAAUCCCUUAAGCUCCUAACAGUGACAGCACUCUACAUCCAUGGAGUUGUCCUGUACACAAAAAAACUUAACCUUCCCAGAAAUGAGAAUUUUCACUCCUACCACACCAGAAAAGCGGCCGACUACAACCUUCCGAUCCAUCACACUACACAAUACAGCAGAAAACCCUCUUAUAUUGGCCGAAAAAUCAUCAACUCUCUUCCAAACAACCUCAAGAACGCAACAGGAAACCAAUUCAAACAACAACUCUGGGACUGGCUUGUGGACCGACCGGUGGCAGGGGUGUCAGCCAAGUGGCGUAUAGAGCCAGGCAAGCAUCGUGGAGGUGUUCAGUGCCUCUACUGUUAUGACAUGACGGGUGACGGAGUGCCAGACUUGCUUGUAGGACGGUCUGAUGGGACAGUGCAGAUCUAUUCUAUUCCUGUUGAUGAUGCUGAUGACUUAAACCAACCUUCAGAGAGGUUUUCACAUGUUUCCACUGAAAGCGUAACAGCCAUCCAAGGAGGCGUGGUGGGAAAUAACGGAUUUGAUGAAGUUCUAGUCACAACAUAUACUGGUUGGUUUUUUGGAUUGACAACAGAAGUUAUUGACAAACAAAUGAGUGGAGAGGGUGGAGACUUGAACACCAAAGUUAAGAUUUCAAAUGACGACAAGCUAAAAAUUGUUCGGCUAAGAACCGAGAUAGAAGAACUGGAACAGAAGCUUGUGAAGGAGAGAGAGCGUUACCACAUAGCUUCUCUGGAAGAUGGAAUCGGAAUUUCUACAAUCCCAUUUUUCAAUGUCACUGAUAAAAUGACUCUAGUAAAGGAUACAGCUGUGUAUCAGCUGAUGAUAGAAGUGGAGACAGCAAUAGACAACAUUCUGCUGCAAAGUGAUGUCCCACUGGACCUGCUGGAUGUUGAUAAGAACUCUGCCGUGCUUAGUCGAAGUGCAUGUGCUCCUGGUUCGGACAACCGGUUACUGGCGACAUACCGGUGUCAGAUGAACACCACGAGACUGGAGCUGUGUUUGCGUACGACCGAGGGUGUCGCUGGCACUCUGUGUGUCUACAUCACUGCGGUACUGCAGCCCAAGUGUUGCCAACUGCGCAGACACCAGAUCAAGCCACUCUCCCUGCAUACCCGCUGCCACCAGCUGGAUGUCUCUAGGUCCUUUAACAGUUUGGGUCUGAAAGGCAACUUCAGUUUAGCUGAGAUGCAUAGUUGGGUGAGUCAUUGUCUGCCAGAAGUGCCAGAGAAACCCCCCUUGGAGGAUAAAGUCUCUUACAUCUUUACUUCUACUCUGAUGCAUUCCAUGCUACAUUGCACAUACAGGUCUGCAAGUGUAAUUUGCUACAUGAUAUAUCAAAUUUCAGUCACAAGACCUUACAAAGGAGAGGCAGAAUUUCGCUCUGACAAUGUCUCGACAAUCUGCAUUCUGAAAGAUUUUAUCACCAAAGAAGCGACCAAGAAAAAAAUCAAGCUUGAGAUAUCUAUUGACAUCAACGAUGAUAGUGCAGCAAGCUUGUUGCGACGUCUCGACUCUCGGCUGAGCUCAGAAGUUGUCCUGGCUCGACAGGUAGGCUUGUUGGAGGCUCUCAGAGAACUGGAGACUGUGGAAGGCAGAGACCUGCUCAGCCCCGAGUACCAGCAGAUCCUUGACAACCAGAAACAGCUGUUGGAGCGAUACAACAGCCAGCCUGGCUAUCUCACCCGCCUCACUGAUACUAUAGCUGAGAUGUACAUUCACUGGCACAAGAUAAAAGGAGUUAAUGUGAAAGUGAAGAUUCCCGUUUUGAUGGAGACAUUACAAAAUUUUAACUUGGAUGACCUCCUUUUACAUUUUAAAUAA